AGGUGCAAUAAGCGACGUUACACUUCUGAGUUAAUUAAUAUCUACGACCUUUUAGAGAAGUGUGACCGCAGGUUGUUCACCAAAAUUAAGAACAAUGUCAACCAUCCGUUAUAUUCGAGUUAUAUGCCCUUUUGCCGAAAGUCAAAGAGUCAUCCGAGACGUUAAGAUCACAAACAAGUCAAUUACCACGGAUUAA